AUGGCUACAGAAAGGCUCAACAAGUUCCAAAAUGCUGUCCAGGCAGUUGGAUCGGAGCAACUCCUCCCAAACGCGAUCGACCGUAUCGCAAGGACCGACCCAGAGAGACUGUAUGCCGAAAUACCAUUGUCUACAAUGGCCUUCGAUGCAGGCUUUCGGUCGGUCUCAUACGCCGACCUUGCAAACGCAUGGAUUCAUCGUGCUCUUGGAUUCUCAAGCACCUGUGAGCCUCUGUGUUACAUGGGGCCUAAUGACCUGACACGAAAUCUGAUCCUGCUGGGCAAUUGCAAGGCAGGAUACUCGACUUUAAUGAUGACCCCAAGAUUUAAUGCUAUCGCCCAUGAGAAUUUUAUCAAACAAUGCAAUUGCAAUAAGAUUAUAAUACCUCAAGGGCCUGAGUCUGCUGAUAAAAGUAUCGUCGCCCUGUACGACAAAGUUCUGCGAGCACCUACACUUGAAGAGCUAUUUUCGGAGAAAUUUCCACACUUCACAUUUGAGAAAUCUUUCCGAGAGGUCAAGACUGAACCGCUGGUAAUACUUCAUACUUCUGGUACCACUGGCUUUCCGAAACCAAUUAUCUGGACACAUGAGUAUGUUGCGGGCUAUGUAAAAGAAAGAAGACUCGAUACCCCGAAAGGAUUCGAGAGCACCGAUAGGCUAAUGUUGGGAGGGAGACUAAUCUGCUCCUUUCCUCCUGCUCAUGCUGGUCCUACAUGGGUUACUCUACUUUUCACGGUUUACUGUGGUUCAACAAUGGUUUACCUGUUGUCGGGCAUGCUACCAACAGUCAGCAUGCUCGUAGACUGUGUCCAACGCAAGAAAGUCGAUGCUCUUAUCUUAGUUCCGCCUCAAAUAGAAGAGCUUGCCACCAACUCUGAAGCUCUCCAAAUCAUUUCACAGAAUGGUGAAACCAUUUUCUAUGCCGGAGGAGAUGUUACCAUCGCUGCUGGAGAUAUCAUUUCUUCAAAAAUGAAGCUCGUCACAACUUGUGGAUCAACCGAGCAAGGGUUCUGGCAUACUAUCCAUCCAACUGGACCUUGGAACCCGAAGAUAUGGAAAUACAUGCGUAUGCAUCCGGCACAGAAUUUGAGCUUCCGCCACCAAUCUGAAGAUUUAUUCGAAGCAACAUACACCCUCAAUGAAAGUCUUGACGGAUACAAACAGUCGAUCUUCACUAUCUUUCCUGAGAACCCUGUAUAUCCUACAGGAGAUUUGUUCUCUCCACAUGCAGAUGAUCCUGAACUAUGGCAGUUCCGCGGCCGAGCAGAUGACAUGCAAUCUUUCAUCACGGCAGAAAAGUUUUACCCAACACAAAUGGAGCGUAUCAUUGGAGCGCAUCCAGGAGUUACUGCUGUUCUAUUUCUUGGAACGCGCCGCCCCAAGGGUGCUUUACUCGUUGAGUUGCGAAACCCAUCCGAGGACAAGGCUACCUUUCUUGAAUCGUUAUGGCCGGUUGUUGAGGAGGCGAAUAAACCCGUGCCAUACACUGCUAAAAUCACUAAAGACAUGAUCUUAAUCACAGACGAAGCACUUGCAAUGGCCAGAUCUGUUAAGGGUACCAUUGAAAGAAGAAGUACAGUGAGACUUUAUGAAGAGAAACUUAACAUUUUGUAUGCAAUUCAUGCUUAGAGCACAAUUUUGCGGGUAAAUAACCAAUUCCCUGUAUUGGAGCACCCUGAAUAUGAAUUGUCAUGACAGAUCCGCAUUCUGAAACAGCCCUUAACGAAUGCAAAAAUAAAUCAUAAUGUUUCUUGUUGAUAUUGUUCGAUCAAACGCGUUCAGAACAUUCGGUAAAAAAUGAGAAGGAAUUAAACCUCAGAUCCUUUAUUAGCCUUACGGGGCAAAACCCUCGUCACGAUGAUGUACUUCAGAGCUCUGAAACAUUCGAUUUACAUGCUAGUAUUAACUUUUGAUUGAAGAUAAGUUUUCAAUCUCAAAAUAUAUGUAUCUAUCUAUUUGGGUCAAAUUCAAAUUCAAUGUAGAAGAACGCAUGCCAUAGAUAGUUAAGUGCCCAAUGGUUGACCAUUGAAGCUUAGUUUAAGCCUAUCCUUAUCAAUGUUGCAACCCUAAUCCAAAGUCUAGACCGC